CAUACUUAGUCUACUAAUAGUUAAAACAAGUCAAAACAUCCUGUCGUCAACGCUACCUUCAACAGGGUUUCAAAAAAGGCAACGAUGGAGAUGAGCGUUGGCAGUGCCAACACUGGUGGUUCUCCGACAAAGCUAACUACCGUUGCGAUUGCCGUCAAGAGUGGAAGUGGUAGCAGACGUGCAGUUCGAUGGGUCGUGGAGAAUUUGAAAGCGGAUCGUUUUGUUUUGGUCCACGUGAUGCCAGCAGUCACCUCUAUCCCAACACCAUCAGGAGAUCAAAUACCUAUCACAGAAAUGGAUGAAAAUGUGGUCGCAAUGUAUGUUCAAGAAGUGAAACUUAAGUUUGGGCAAGUCUUUAUACCAUUCUUGAACUUAUUCAAAACAAGCAAGGUGGAAACAGUGGUGCUGGAGGAUGACCAUCCUGCAGUUGGGCUUCUAAGAUACAUUUCUGAGUUUGGGAUUCAGACUCUGGUAUUGGGUUCUUAUAGUUCCAAUUAUAUUAAAAGGAAGUUGAAGGGUCCUGGGGUACCUAAUUCUGUCCUCAAGUGUGCUCCAGAUACUUGUGAUAUUCGGGUUGUUUAUAGACAAAGAAUCAUCACAAAACAAGCUAAUCCCCUAUGGACUAGCGGGACCAGUUCCAGUGGCAUGAAGAAACAUAUAUAUGGUCCUAUUAAUGCUUCUGCAGAAUCUACAGCGAAAAACUCCUUUGGGACAGCAUCAUCAUUUGAGCUUAACUACCCAUAUUUACAUGCAUUUUCAUCUAGGGGAUCUUUAACAAAUGCUAGUUCUAUUAGUCACUGUCAUUCAUUGGGUUCUACACAGAGUGAAAAGUUGAAUCUGCAGGCUGAAGUGGAACAGCUGCGUCUAGAAUUACAAAAUACUGUUGCCAUGUACAAAGAAGCUUGUGAAGAGCUUGUCGACACCCAGAACAAGGUCCGAUUACUUUCUUCAGAAUGCCUAGAGGAAGCAAGUAGAGUGAAUGCUGCUCAGGAAAGAGAAGAAGCAUUCAGAAAAAUUGCUGCAGAAGAGAAAGUAAAACUUUUGCAAGCAAUGAAGGAUGUUGAAGAGGCAAAACACUUGCUUUCUAGAGAAGCUAAUGGAAGGCAGAUGGCUGAACUGAAUGCUCAUAAAGAAUCCUUGGAAAAGCAGAAAUUUGUCGAUGCACUCUUCUGCUGUGACAGAAGGUACAGAAAAUACACUAGGGAUGAAAUCGAAGUGGCAACAGAUUUCUUCUCCGUUAGUAAUGUGAUUGGUCAAGGAGGAUACGGGAAAGUCUAUAAAUGUAGUCUUCAUCGCACUCCUGUAGCUGUUAAGGUUCUUCAAUCCGAUGCAUUAGACAGGAAAGAGGAAUUUCUAAGGGAGGUUGAAGUUCUAAGUCAGCUACACCAUCCACAUAUUGUUUUGCUUCUUGGAGCUUGUCCAGAGAAUGGUUGCUUGGUUUAUGAAUACUUGGAAAAUGGUAGCCUGGAGGAACAUAUUCUCCAGAAAAGUGGAAAACCUCCUCUUCCUUGGUUUAUUCGGUUCCGCAUAGUUUUUGAAGUAGCUUCUGGACUUGCGUUUUUACACAACUCAAAGCCAGAUCCUAUUGUUCAUAGAGAUUUAAAACCGGGUAAUAUACUGUUAGAUAGAAACUAUGUUAGCAAAAUUGGGGAUGUUGGGCUCGCUAAGCUUAUUUCAGAUGUUGUGCCUGACAAUAUCACCAUGUACAAAGACUCUAUUCUUGCUGGUACUCUCUUCUACAUGGACCCCGAGUAUCAGAGAACCGGCACCAUCAGACCAAAAUCAGAUCUAUAUGCUCUUGGACUUACAACACUCCAGUUAGUGACAGCUCGGCAUCCUAAUGGACUUCUACUGGCAGUUGAAAAUGCCAUUAAAAAUUGCUGCUUAACUGACAUUCUAGACAAGUCAAUUACGGAUUGGCCACUAGCUGAAACUGAAGAAUUAGCUCGAAUAGCAUUAAAGUGUUCAAAGCUUAGAUGCAGGGACAGACCUGAUCUUGACACGGAGGUUCUGCCAAUUCUCAAAAGACUGGUUGAUGUUGCAGAUGCUAGUUUAAAGUUGGGAAAGAACAAUGUAUAUGCUCCAAGCUACUACUUCUGUCCGAUCCUUCAGGAAGUGAUGGAUGACCCUCACAUUGCUGCUGAUGGUUUUACUUAUGAGCAUAGAGCAAUGAAGGCAUGGCUUGGGAAACACAACGUAUCACCGGUUACAAAGCGUCAGCUUCAGCAUUCUGUAUUGACUCCUAAUCACACAUUACGCUCUGCCAUACAUGACUGGAAGUCACGGGUGACAUUAUCUAGUACGUAAUAUUAAGCAGGUGGCGGUUCCUUUUCUUGGAAGUUACUAGACAUUGUUGCAUGAUGAAAAAGAAGCAUCCAUCUCAUUCCCCGCAACCAAAGAAAUCAAAUGGGAAAAAUGUGGGCACGGGCUGAUGUAUACAACAACUAGAUUUGCACAUAACAUGUGAUUUUUGUACAGCACAGAGUAUGCACGAAAGAAGACAUUUUUUUCCUUAAAAGGAAAAGAAGACACUCUUGUAUAAAGACUUUUCUAUUUAUUAAGCUAUCUUUAGAAUAUAAUUCAAAA